GGGCCGCGGAGGCCAGUCCCCUCUCUCCUGGGAUGCUAGGCGCGGGGCUGCUCCCGACGCCCGCUCCCACCCCUCCCCAGCGGCCUGCGUCCCCGCCCGGGUUUCCUCCUGCGCAGACCUAGGUCGCCGCCGCCGCCGCGGGUCGCGACGCAGGCUCUGGGCAGGGAGCGGGUGUCCCCGGCCGUGCCGGAAGCCGGGAGCGGAGGCUGAGUCCGGGAUGGCGCGGCAGGUGUCCAUCGCCUUCCGGGACCUGGCCGUGCGCUUCUCCGAGGACGAGUGGCGGCUGCUGGGGGAGGGGCAGAGGGCGCUCUACCUGGACGUGAUGCGGGAGAACUACGAGACGCUGGCCUCCCUGGGGACAGUGGAGCUGCUCCCCCUCUCUGCCUUCCUGUCUCCCUCGGAGCCUGGAGGAGCCACGGGGGGCGGGGGCCAUGCUGGCGGCGGGCAGGAGCCUCCUAGGGAAGCAGGCCCCCUGGGAGGCGCCCCCCAGCACAGCCUGCACCUCAGCGCCCUGGUGCAGCUGGUGAAGGAGAUCCCGGAGUUCCUGUUCGGGGAAGUCAGCCCUGAGAGCGGGGGAGCCAGCCUGGACGGGGAGGGGGCGAGCCCCGAGGUAGCAGCCGGGAUGGAGGACACUUGCCCUCUUCAAGGCCUGCUUGGCUGCCUUCCGGACACACCUGCUGGCCGGCCUGGCCUGGCCGCCACACCCAGCAGCAGCUCAUCCAGCAGCCCACCUGGAGCCAGGGGGCAGGGAAGCCCGCUCCCCAUCCAAACUGCUGACCAGCCAAGGCCUGUGGAGGAGGGAAGCUCUGGAGCCCCCGGCGGGGAGCCCAGCCCUCCCACCUGUCGCCCCAGCAGCGGGAAGAGCCACAGGAAUCGGGAGAGAGGGCCCAAGGAGGCAGGAGCUGCAGGAAGCUCGCCGGGGAACAGCCCCUUGCAAGGCCUCAUCAACUGCCUGAAGGACGUCCUCGAGCCCGGGCCCCAGCGCCCCGAGGGGCUCCCGAGCUCACCGCUGUCGCCCGCCCCCAGCCGGGGUGCCUCGCGGCUGACCAGAGCCGGGCUGGUGCCGGGGGGCCCACCCUGGUCAGUGAAGACAGAGCCAGCCUCGGGGGAUUGCCCCCUCCAGGGUCUGCUGAACUGUCUGAAGGAGAUCCCAGAGGCCCGGGACAGGCAUCCCAGCCCCUCAGGAGCGGGGGACCCACGGCUGCAGGAGGACCGGGGGGCCUGGAAAAGGAAUUCUGGAGGGCCCCGACCCCUCCAGACCCCUCCCCCUGGGCCUGGGCCUGGAGCUGGCAGCGUGAUCUCUGCGGUGAAGGUGGAGGACGGCUGGGCCCAGGGCCCCCCAGAGCCCACAUCCUGUCAGCUCAGCGAGCGGACGCACGGCCCCUCUGCCUCCGGCCGCCCUGGGGACGACAGAGACACCGCCUGGGUCCAAAUGCCCAGCUGGGGCCCUGCCGCUCAAGCCGGCAGCGCCUCGAGCUCACCCCUGGAAGCCCUGGAGGCCUGUCUGAGGGGCAUUCCCCUGAGUGGGUCGUUACCUCCCCAGCCGCCGGCCAGCUCUUGGUCCCGGAGCCCCCAGCCAGGAGACCCCGGGUCUCGGAGGCCCGAGCUGCAGCGCCUCGGAUCACACAGCAAAGAGGUGAUCGUGGGGCCUCUUCUGGCUCUGGGCCUGCGGGGCUGCCUGAGAGACAGCCCUGCAUUCCCCCCAGGCUCCCAAGGCACCCCCACCAGCUUUUCCUCGUCCAGCAGCACUGACGGGGACCUGGAUUUCCAGAGCCCCGAGGGCAGCCAGGGGCAUUGGCCCGGAAAAGGAAGCCCUGUGGCAAGCUCCCCGCUCCAGGGCCUGGAGAACUGCCUCAGAGAGAUACCUGCGCCUGGGCCACAGCCUGCCUGGUCCUACUCCUCGGCAGGGGACAGGGGGCCACGGAGAGCAGAGCCAAGGAACUGGAUGGCAGGCGUGGAAGGGCCGAGGGGCGAGGCCUGUGAGUCAGCCCACCUGGGACAGCGUGGGGGGGACGUGCCCACCAGGAACCUCGGCCUGGCCAGCCCGCAGGCACUUGCCUCUGGAGCCAUCCCCGCCUGCUACCAGCGAGGCCCUAAAGACUCUGGGGCCGCCAGGCCAGGCCACUGGAGGUGGCUCCAGGACGGGCCAGUCACCAAGCCCUCCCCGCUCCACUGCCUGGAGAACUCUCUGAAGGGGAUCUUGCCUGGGGGGCCCUUGCGCUUCGCCUGCCUGGCCGGUGCCAGCCCAGGCCCCAGCCCCAGCCCCGGCUCCAGCUCCAGCUCCAGCUCCAGCAUCAGCAGCUCAGAAGGAGAAGACCUGAGGCUGGAGCCUGAGCCCUGGCAGCCCCUCCUGCAGGAGAGGCACCGCCUUCCCAGCUGCAAGGGCCUUGGCCCCCCAUCCCCACACCCUGGCGGCCCCCGCGCUGGCAGCAGCCCUGGUGAAGGCUGGAGAAGAGGUGAGCCCAGGGACCCCUGUGGUCUCAGUGCAGCAGGAAAAGCAGAAGACAAGAUGGGAGGCAGGUCCCAUUCGCCCUGGAGAGAAGUGUGCUCGGAGACCCCGGGCCUGCCUGGCCCCCGGGGGAACCCCGGCAGAGGCCCUGUCAGAAUGGCUCUAGAAAAACGAUGUUUUCCAUCCCAAGCGCUAUGUGCUCUUCCUGCAGGGGCAGCUGUGGACCCCUGCCCUGCCUCUCAGCUGGAGAAAAGGCCGGGGUCCGGGCCCUGCCAGCCUCCUGGGUCAGCCGGUGGGCCCCUGUUAUGGAAGCCGACGGCUGGUGAAGAGUCCAGGGGCCUGGGGCCUGGAGACAGAAGACCAGGUGUUACAGCCGGCACCGACCCGAGGCCCCCUCCCGGAGGUCCGCCUGCGCUGCCGCCCGCCGCCGCCAUCCCUCGGGCCUGGCCGCGCGCCUGCCCGCGGCCGCCCUGCCCCUGCGGCGGCUCCCUGCAGCACGAGCUCCGCAGCCUCGGCGCUGCCCUCUCGGAGAAGCUGGAUCGGCUCGCCGGGGCCCUGGCCGGCCUGGCUCAGGAAGUGGCCUCCGUGCGGACCCAGGUGGAUGGGCUGGGGCGGCGCCCGCGGGGCCCGGGGCCGAAGGGCCUCCCCCGGGGCCCUCGCUGGGCCGGCGGCCCUGCUCACAGACACCCGCCCUACUGGAGGCACAGGGGCCCCCCCAGGCCGAGACCGAAGAUCCUGCGGGGCCCGGCGGAAGGCUGCAGGACCAGCGACGCCUCAGGCCUGGCCGGCGGGAGGCUCUGCCCGGCGCCCCGGCUGCCUCCGGACACCCCCCCAGCAGCACCUCCGGGGCCCAGCUCUGGCCCUUCCCGGCAGCCUCUCUCCUCGGCAAGCAGCCGCCCUGCUCUGCUGACUGCGUGUCACCCCCUCGGACACCCUGAGGGCCCCCAGAGCCCCCCGCCCCCUUCGCUGCCGGCUGCCCCCGCCCCCCCGGUGGCCGCUCCCGUGACCAGCGCGGAGGCGGAGCUGCGGGCUGCAGCAGCGGCCCCACCCCGGGCCCUGAAGUCGCCCAAGGAUCCAAGCAGCCUGCUGGCGGGGCUCCAGAGAGCCCUCGAGGGGGAACGGUGGCGUGGGGAACACAGGGACCCCGCGUGGGGGCCCCCCAGCCGCCGUCUUCACGGGCUCAGUCCUGCCGAGGACGCCCCGCCCCCGGCCGCCGCUCCUGGGGGCCGACCUCCCCCCUCGGCCCCCUCCAGCAGAACCUUCCCCCGUCUGGGCCGUGAAGGGGCUGGGAGUCCGCCCUUGGCCUGACUGCCCCAGACUCCAGGAGGCCGAUUGCUCAGGGAGGUGCCUUCCCCAGCCACGCCUCUGGCUUUCUCACUCAGGUUCAUUUAAAUGUCGCUUCCCCUCCUGUGCUUCCCACCGGAACUGCCUAGGCUGGCAGGGCGUGGUGUGUGUACAGGUGUGCACGCCAGGUGCUCCCGGGGGCGCUCUCUGACCCGGAGCAGCUGCAAAGGGGCCGCGAGAGCACCUCUGCCCACCUGCAGUCCUGACCUCAGCGCUGAGAAGGUGUGGCUCUCGUCUUCCUGGCAAAUGGGCUUGACUUUCAUUUGGGGCAGAACUCUUCCCCCCUGGUCUAAGCUGGAUGUACCUGUGUGGUUCUAAAAUUACAGAAGUUGGCUGCCAAAGGGAAGGCCCUUGGCUCCGGCAGAGAGGAGCUCAGAGGGGCCACGCCAGCGUGUGGCUGAUGGGUUGUUACCUGCACCGGGGACAAGCCGGCCCUCCCACAGCCUCCGGAGGAGUCAGCAACCUCCCGACGGCUGGGGGAGGAAUUCCCACACGACUCCCUGCGAAGUAGCAGCACAUGUGGCUGGGGCCGCAGUAACAGUACCACAGGCCGGGAGCCUUCAACAACACACACUUACACCCUCACGGUUCUGGAGGCCAGAUGUCCAAGGUCAAGGUGUCGGCAGAGUUGGUUCCUCCAGAGGCUGUUCUGGGCCCCUCUGCAUGGCUGGUGGCUGGCCGCCCUCGUGUUCACAGGGUGCUCUCCCUGUACUCAUGCCUCCAAGUGUCCCUUUUGUCUGAGGACACCAUCCUCACGCCCUCACUGUAACAUGAUUGCUUCUAUAGAGACCUUACCUCCAACUCCAUCACAUUCUGUGAUACUGGGCUCAGGGCUCCAAUAUGCAAAUCUGGGGGCGUGCACAGUGUAACCCCUAACACACGUGAGGGGCUGAGCUAAACCUGGGUCCUCUUGGGGGAAGAAAGUGUGACCAGGGUCCCGAGGCCUGCUUUCCUGGUGGCCACCAGCUGCUCUGGCCGCACCCCUCAGGUGGCACUUGGUGCAUCAGGAAUGCCCGCCUGUCAUCCACCAGGGUCAGAUCUUUCCUCCCCAUCUUUCCCCACCCGAGUCCUUACGUGAUUUGAGGAAUCCUCAGGAUGGUCUGCACACACGUGUUCCCCGGGAAGGCCCUGCGGCGUGGUUAGCUGUGCUGUCAGGGAGCCUGGGUGCAGCGCUGAGGCUCCAGCCGACUAGGGGCCCAGAGGGGCUGUAGCCAUGACAAGUGCUCAAGGGGGGCCUUGUGGCUGCUGUGCCCAGCACGCCCCUAAAAUCGGGGUCUCUGGGGACACACGCAGGGCCUGGCCUGUGCUCCUCGCUGCCCCUGUGGAAAGAGCCAGCCACUCGUGCCGAGGGCAGGGCUGGGCCGUGGGCCAGGCAGACAGACCAUCCAAAGGGGGUGUGAGAACAUUUCCAGGACGGAAGUCAGUCCCAAGAUGACUGUCUCGGAAGCUGAUGUUUAUAAGGUCUUGUAAGCAGGAUGUUUAAAAUACACAGUCUUCAUGGUUAGUAAUAAUAGAGAAUAAGGAACAGAAAAGUUCUAGGCUUUCCACUCAGGAAGAUUUCCAGCGCGUCUCCAGGCUGUGCAGGAGUGACGCUGGGCCCGUUUCAGAGUCAGUAGGAAGGGUGUGAUGGACUUGCGGGGAGAGGGGGGUCGGUGAGGGGCCCUGGCUGCGAGGAGGAGAGCUCCACGCACCCUGCUCGUCCCUCAGCCCCACCUGGGCCGGCCUCUGACCUCCUGUCUGCUUGUCUUUCUCAACAGAGGUUGGGGGGGCGGGGGGCAGGUCUGCCAUCCUCCUCCGUGUGGCAUCUAAGGUUUGGUUUUGUGGGCUUUACAAGUGUCAACCUUCACAUCAACCGUGUGCCACAGGCGUGAAGGAGUACACAGGCUCAGAGUGGGUGAGCAGCUUGCUCUGGGCUGCACAGCCUUCCACUGGCGGAGGCCGGGGAAGCAUGUGGCUGGCUGUGGCCCAGGCCGGGGCUCCUGAUCCAACCAGACCCUGUAGGAAGUUCAAGUCCUUUUUAAAGAAUGUGGAAAAUAAUAAAACAAGUGGUGAGACUCUCCUUGAUCUGCAGCCGUGUUCGUCCCCCAGGUCCACUGCCACAUGGACAAAACCCCUUUACAUUAUUAAUUGAAAAGCCUUCUAGAAUCACCGAUUUGGCAAAAAAUCUGUAUGCAGUUUAGGAGUUUGAUCCUGUGUCCAUCUCCAUCUACUUCAUGAGGAAAUGGGGUCACUUUGGUGGGAGAAACUGAGGGGCCUUUUUGAACUCAGGAAUUCCCGGAGUCUGGAGGUGGAGGCAGAGAACCUUCCCUCCCACGGAGCUCACUCACAUAAGGGUCCCCAGUGUCCCAUCCGCCGCCUGCCAGCCCGAGGCCACUGUGAGGCUGGAAGAUGGGGAGGUCCCGCCUCGGCCUGUCAGCACCACAGCGGCACCCCGCAGUCUCCCGGCCACCCCUGAGGGGCCCAGUAGAAGGGGGGCCACAGUCCCCUACCCAAGACGCCCCAUGACAUCACCGACCAGGCUUGUUCUCGACCUUCUCGUGUCCUUGUGUUAUAGAUGUGGCUUCUGUAAACAGCCUACUGUUGGAUUUUGUUAUUUAAUCCAGCUUGACAAAUUUUGUUCUUUCUUGGAGCCCUUAAUCCGUUUAUGUGUAAUAUGAUUGCUGAUGUAUUGAGAUUGGAAUAUACCAUCUUAUUUUG